UAUUUCACAUUUCAGAAAUUCCAGAAACCUUCCCGUUUCAGAAAAUUCUCAUAUUAUCAGACGCAUCACACUAUCAGACCAUCUGUUAGAUUCCGUCUCAUUGGUCGGAAAAUCGUCUCCAUCCAUGGAAACGAAAACCCUAGGUAUCUAUGAUGAGGAGAGAUAACACCUUCUAAAUCACGUCACGGCAAUGAGAGUGAGUGGAAUUUGCGCUAUUUUAUAGAUUAUACAAUGGAGCUAGAAUCACACGAAGAUCAAAUAUCAGAAGAUGUCGUCUUUGAUGUUGCGGACUAUAUUGACGAUACGGCUUUUGAGAAUGAAAAAUGUGGAAUAUGCAUGGAUUUUAUUGUUGACAGAGGGGUUCUGGACUGCUGCGACCACUGGUUUUGUUUCGCAUGCAUUGACAAUUGGGCCACCAUCACAAACCUCUGCCCACUUUGCAAGUGUGAAUUUCAAUUGAUCACAUGCAUUCCGGUAUAUGAUACAAUUGGAAACAACAAGCUUGGAGAAGACUCGCUGUCCAGAGAUGAUGACUGGUGUAUUCAAGGGAAGAACAACACACUCUCCUUUCCAUCAUACUACAUCGAUGAAAAUGCAGUCAUCUGUUUGGAUGGUGAUGGUUGCAAGUUAAGAAAUGGACUGGUGACAACUGAGGAAGGUUUAACUCUUGACACGUCAAUUGCUUGUGAUUCAUGUGAUCUUUGGUACCAUGCUUUUUGUGUGGGAUUUGAUCCAGAAAGUACAUCCGAGAAUUCAUGGUGGUGCCCAAGGUGUAAAAUUGACGAAGUUCCAUUGGAAUCAGAUGGGGUUUUGGUACAAAGAGCCAGUGAGCAGUGUGUUCAUGAAAGCACUGAUUUUGCAUGUCCGAUGGAGGAUGCUUUUUCUGGAAAGGUAUUGGUAUCUGUGGCCGAUGCUGGGGAAACAGCUGUGGUGGUCUCAAUGGUUGAAGGGAAGAAGUGGACUGGAGCCAGCGAGAAUUUUCUGUUGAAGAAACUGGAUGUUGACAGCGAUGAAAAACCCGUAAUAUCUUCUGAUGAAAAACCUGUAAUUUCUUCUGAUGCCGACACAGAUACUGUUAAAACAGAAAUGCAACUGAAUGACAGUGGUAGCUGUUCAAUUUAUGGUAAAGAUAGGACUGUUGGUGCCCUUGCUCCAGAUAAUCAGGACAAUCCUGAAAAGUCUUUCAAUAUAUCACUGCAGAGGACUACCCUUCAAUCAAACAUCAAUGAACAGGAAACAUUGUUGUCACUAUCCUUGUCAUGUGACGCAUCAUUAUUGUCACCAGGUGAUUCAUCGUCAUUUAGUGACUUGAAGACUGACAUUGUCAAUAAAGGAUUAUGCAAACCAAGUGGUCCGAAUGGGUGUAAGGUUUCAUCACCAUUGCUUGAUACUUUCUGCACCACGAGUAGGCCAUCAGAAAGUGAAUGCAAUAUUGAUCUUCACCUGGGCUUACAUGUAGGAGCUUCCUUAUUAGUUGACAAAAGGGCCAGUGAUGCUACUGAGAACCAACUGGCUGAACCUGAACAGAAGCCUUCAGUUGAAUCUUCUUUGUCAGUUGACAAGAUGGCUGGUGAUGAUACUAUUGAGAACGUCGUUGGAGUUACACGUCAGAAGAAUCUUGAAGUUAGUGGUGUAAAAAGAAAGCACACAGAUAGGUCCAGAGAUGAUGCUCAUAUGACCGAUCAUACUGAAGGCAAGGAAACCAGUGCCAAAAUCCAAAAGGGUAAUGAGAUUCCAGCAAAAAAAGCCAAAUCGGAUGAAAAAUCUAAGACAGCUCCUUUGAAGUGCCGAGUUGAUGCUUCCAUUUCAAAUGGCUCUGGAGAUAUUUCCAGACCUGUUGCACUUUCUAAAGACAAUAAGUUGAAGCAUAUUCGCAGGAAGGAAGCAACUGCUACAGAUAUCAUGAGUAUAGUUCAAGGGAAUGACCGUCGAUCUUCCAAGGCACCAGCAGGUCCAAACUCGGAAGAGAAAUCCACAAAAGAAGGUGAUAACAUUGUUGGGUUGAGAAUAAAAAAGAUCAUGCGGCGAGUUGCGGAUAAUGAGUCAUCCACACUACUUCAGAAACUAAGGCAGGAAAUAAGAGAAGCUGUUCGUAACAAAUCUUCAAAAGAUUCUGCCAGGAGUGAUAUCUUGGACACGGAGCUUCUCACAGCAUUCAGAGCCGCUGUUGUGAGACCCCAAAAUGAACUGACCCCAAAAAUCGAUCCUUCUGUCAUAAGAGCAAAGAAGGUGAUGCUCCAAAAGGGAAAGAUACGUGAAAAGCUAACUAAAAAGAUCUAUGGUACAGCAAGUGGAAGGCGGCGACAUGCAUGGGACAGGGACUGGGAAGUCGAGUUUUGGAAGCACCGGUGCACGAGUACUCAGCCUGAAAAAGUUCAGACUCUGCGAUCAGUUCUCGACCUUCUAAAAAGGAGCUCCCAAUCUUGCUCAGAGAGUUCAGAGAUGGAACAAGGGCCUGAAGGGGAGGUUAAAAAUUCCAUUCUGUCGAGAUUGUAUUUAGCAGAUGCAUCUGUUUUCCCAAGGAAGGAGGAUAUCAAACCUCUGUCUGCUCUUAGAGGCUCUGCUAUGACGGGCAACCAUGAGCGGGAAGAAAAUAAUUUGAGCAAUGAAUCACAGAAGGUCAAUAAAUCAGUUCAUGAGAAUCACAUGGUCGAAACUUUUGCACCAAUGUCUAGGAUUUCACAAGAUAGAGUUCCUUCAUGUGAUAAUACAGGGAAAAGAAGCAUUGUGCCAAGCUUCAAAGGGGAAGCUUCUUGUAGGAAAGCACAUCCAAAUGGGACAACAGGAGGACCAGCCUCUAUUUCUAUGUCAAGUGGUUCCAAAGGUCAUGCACAAACUACAAAGGAAAACCCUGGCAAAUCUGACGAUGUGAAGAGUGAUAAAAGGAGGUGGGCCUUGCAGGUUCUUGCCAGAAAGACUGCCUCAGUAAAUAGAGAUGCAGCUCAAGGGAAAGAGGAAGAUAACAGUGCUCUCAGAGGAACUUAUCCCCUAUUGGCUCAACUACCUGCAGAUAUGAGGCCAGUCUUGGCACGCAUUCGUCAUAGUAAAGUCCCUACAUCAGUUAGGCAGGCACAACUAAACCGCCUCACUGAGCACUACUUGAGGAAAACGAAUCUGCCUGUUAUGUAUAGAACGGCAGGUACAGAAUUGGCUGUUGCAGAUGCAGUUAAUGUCGAAAAGGAGAUAUGUGAUAAGUCAAACAGCAAGCUGGUGUAUGUAAACCUUUGUUCCCAGGUCCUAUCACAGCAUACUAAUAACAGCAAGCUUAAAACAGCAGAAACAACGGCCUUUUGUCCUGAGGCAGGUCCAGCUGAAAGUAUGGAGCAUGUAGCCAUAGAACCAUUCUCUGAUCCAACAGCAGGGACUUGUGAAAAUGUGGAAGAAGCAUUGAAAAUGGCUGGUUUUCUAUCCGAUUCCCCGCCAAACAGUCCGUAUCGAGCAGUGGAAGACCUCAAUGACAAAGAUGCCCCUUCAGAGAAGGUUGCAGAGGAAGGCAUUGAGAAUGUAUUUGACAUAGAUUCCCAUCCAGAUCUGGACAUAUAUGGAGAUUUUGAGUAUGACUUGGGAGAUGAGGACUUCGUGGGCCCGUCCAGCAUAUCUAGUGCUUUGAGGGUAUCCAAGUUACAGUCAGAAGAUGGGGACUUGAAAAUGAAGGUGGUUUUAUCUACAAUCAACUAUGAGAAAACAUGCCUUGCUCUUGACUCUAAUGACAAUGCAGUGAAACAUGUACAAAAUGAGGUAGUAACAAGCCAUCAUGAAAAACUGGGGAUUGUCGAGGCACCUAUGGAUUCUCUGUCUGUGCUCAAGUGCCAUACAGAUAGAGGCAUAGGAAGCUCAAUCUUGGAGCUUAAGAUAGAUGCUCCAUGCCCUUCUCCCAAAACCCAUGAUGGUGAAAGAUCUGAAGAGCCUUCUUUGGCAGAAUGCGAAGAAUUGUAUGGUCCGGAUAAAGAACCUUUAGUGGAUGAGAUUUGUGACGAAGCAAUGAGUGAGCCAAAUAAAUGCAUGGAAAAGGAAGCAAUAGCUGAAAACACUGUUCCUGUUGGAAAGGAGAAUUACAGGUCGAAUAAAGAAGCAGCUGCAGACACUCAGUUUGUGAGUGAGAGUUGCAUGGAAAAUAGCAUUGCCGGAGGUGGUAUCCCUUUCAAUCAUGAUUCUUCCAGAGGGGAAAAUUCUCCAAAUCAUAGUGAGAAUGCCCCGAGAAAAGAGGCGAAGUCCAACAGCAUCAAUCAGUCGGAUCUCUGUCAUUCUGUAACAAAAAAGGUGGAAGCCUAUGUCAAAGAGCAUAUCAGGCCUCUCUGUAAAAGUGGAGUGAUUACUGCUGAACAGUACCGAUGGGCAGUUGGGAAAACAACGGAAAAGGUUAUGAAAUACCAUUCCAAAGCCAAAAAUGCAAAUUUCCUCAUCAAGGAAGGGGACAAGGUGAAAAAGCUUGCGGAGCAAUAUGUUGAGGCUGCCCAUCAGAAGUAACAGUGCUGCCGCUUGAUUGAAGGGCUUUGGAUUUCAAACAGUAGUUAAGCGGCAUUUUCUCUACUUCUUCCGUUCCUAGUUUUUUGUCCUCAGUUCUUUUGCAGGAAAUUACAGGUUUUGGGCUUACGAAAGGAUAUGUAGGAGUAACAAAUUUGAAUUUUUAAAUUAAUGUAAAGGCUAAUCCAAGAUUUCAAUAUCUCAGCCACUGAAGAGUCUGAACUACAGAGGUAUUUGCAUUAGACCUUGACAAGCAAUUGCUUGGAUAGAUCUUGUAUAUAAAUCAUGUACAGUACAACUUCAGCAUCA